UUAAAUUGUGACUGGACAUGGGUGUACACUUCAUGCAGGUUUUAUAAAGAAAUUGAUAGGUUAGACACUUUGCGGUCGGAACCAGGAGGAUAUAUAUGAGCGAGAAGGCAAGUCUCCAGAGGACCAGCACACCUGAACACAUCCGCUGUGAUUACUGCUCAUCCAUCAGUCAUGAGGGUGGUCAACAUUGGACCUGAUCCGUCUCUGGCAUAUCGGCCAAACUUAGAAAACUCCAAGGAGAAAGAAGAAUACAGAAACUUUGUGGAUGGGAGUCUCUUCAGCAGAGUCUUUAAAACAUACAGUGUGAUGCACACCAACCAGACGGUGGACUUCGUCCAGCAAAAGCACGGUCAAUGGACCCACUGCAACCACUCUCGGAUGGGAAUGAUGGAGGCCAUCAUGUGUCUGGACCAGCUGGUGGACGAGUCUGAUCCAGACGUCGACUUUCCCAACUCCUUCCACGCCUUCCAGACUGCUGAGGGCAUCCGCAAAGAGCAUCCAGACAAAGACUGGUUCCAGCUGGUGGGGCUGAUCCAUGAUGUUGGGAAAAUCUUGGCCCUGUGGGAUGAGCCGCAGUGGGCUGUAGUAGGAGACACAUUCCCUGUGGGCUGCAAGUUUCAAGACUCCAUAGUGUUCAGAGACAGCACCUUCCAGGACAACCCAGAUGAGAGAAACCCAAAAUACAAGACUGAAUACGGGAUCUAUGAACCGAACUGUGGCCUUGACAAAGUGCUGAUGUCCUGGGGCCAUGAUGAGUAUCUCUACAGAGUCAUGAAAUUCAACAACUGCGCCAUCCCAGAGGAGGUGUGUGAAUCAUUAAAUGAAGCGAUCGCCCCCGCAGUUGGCAGACGGGCUGAGGUUUAUAUCAAUUCCAAGGUCUUGACUGAAGGUAGUGCUUUUUUUUGUGUUUGUCCACAGGGGCUGUACAUGAUUCGAUUCCAUUCCUUUUACCCCUGGCACUCUCACGGAGAUUACACCCACCUGUGCAACGACAAAGACCUGCAGAUGCUGCCCUGGGUCAAAGAGUUCAACAAAUUCGAUUUGUACACAAAAACCACAGAUUUGCCCAACGUAGACGAGCUGAGGCCUUACUACCAGUCACUGAUCGACAAAUACUGUCCCGGAGUGCUGCAGUGGUGAACCAGCAGCAGCAGCAGCACAGACAUCAGAAAUCAGCUACAUGACUAUAAAAUGUAAAUAUACAUGAUUCAAUGUUUUAUCAACACUUAAGCUGGACUUAGUGCUUUUUUUUUUUUUUGGUUAUCACCUUUUGCUUAUGGAAACUUCCAUCUCUGCAACAUGGUUUCUCAAGUCUCAUAUAAUGCUUGAAAUUAUAGAUGAAUGUAUUAACUUUUUUUUUGUUUUAUUGUAAAAAAAAAAAAAAUCUAUAUAAAAGCUACUGCAAUGUCUCCUGUGGCAUUUCAUUUCUAAUACUCAAGUAUUUACAAAAAGCAAAAAGUGCUGGUCAUGAUUCAGAGCACAGAGAAAGACAGAGUAGCGAGUGCAAAAACACAGAAAACAGCAGUGAUAUACAUUUACUCCCUUG